UCAAGAGAUGUGGUCUUAGAACCACAUCUUUGGGUUCUAUAUUUUUUUUCAUAACACUUAUAAGAUGCGGUUACAUAAAAACCGCAUCUUUUGGCCCAUGCUUUUUUCAAAACAAACAUAAAUCUAUUUCAAAACACCUAUAAGAUGCGGUUAAAGAGAAGAACCGCAUCUUUUGAAAACACUCAUAGCAUCUUUUGAUCAAUUAUGUACUAGUGUUUGUCUUUCCCAAUAGACCAUCACCCCAUUUUUCUUAACUUUGUACUUAUCAAUAUAACAAAAAAGUAAAUAUAUUAAAGUUGGUGCAUUCGUGUUGGAAUGAGGCAGUGGGAAACAAUGUGGAGAUGGGAAAAGUAGGAGAAAAAAUGGAUGUCGACUUCAUUUUAUCAACUGGAGACAACUUUUAUGAUGAUGGAUUGAUUGACGUGGAAGAUUCGUUAUUUGAUGAGUCGUUUACUCAAAUAUAUACGGCAACUAGCUUGCAAAAACAAUGGUACUCUGUGUUGGGAAAUCAUGAUUACAGGGGCAAUGUCUUGGCACAACUGAGUCCUGUUCUUUCGCACAAAGACAGUAAAUGGCUUUGUCUUAGAUCAUUUAUUGUAGAUUCAGGAAUUGUGGAACUUUUCUUCGUUGAUACAACACCAUUUCAAGAUAAAUAUUUCAAUCAAACAAAACAUACAUACGAUUGGAGAGGCGUGCUCCCUCGGGAAGAAUAUCUAUCAAAUGUUUUAAAGGAGGUUGAUACGGCACUUAAAGAAUCAAGUGCCACGUGGAAAGUCGUAAUUGGCCACCAUACAAUUUUCAGCGCCGGGCAUCAUGGAAACACUCAAGAACUUGUCGAUCAACUUUUACCUAUCCUUAAGGCAAAUGAUGUGGAUCUUUACAUAAAUGGGCAUGAUCACUGCUUACAACACAUCAGUAGUAAAAAUGGUCAACUUCAAUUUCUAACAAGCGGAGGCGGAUCAAAGGCAUGGAAAGGUGAUGUCAACCAAUGGGACUCUAAUGAAAUGAAGUUUUAUUACGAUGGUCAGGGUUUCAUGACACUCCGAGUAACCGUAAAUGAAAUCGGUGUGGCUUUCUAUGAUGUGUUUGGUGAAAUCAUCCAUAGCUGGAGGACCUCCAAGUACACACACAUGGACUCAUAAAACAAUGAAAAAUCUAUAGAUGGUUAUAUAUAUACACAUAAAACAAUGAAAAUCUAUAGAUGGUUAUAUAUAUACUAGGCUAUCACCUGGGAAUAUCCUGGACUAGAAAAAUUUAAUUUUCAAUAAUUAAAAGUACAUAAACAACA